AUGAAUAACAAUUUAGACUUUAACGACCCAGAAUUUCAAGAGUGGAUUCAUCAGAUCAGCAAAAAGAUAGCUACUCUGACUAAGAUUGUCUUCCGUCUUCAUGCAGAAGCAAUUGACAGGAAAGAUGAAGUAAAACAUCUUCGAGAAUCGUUAGAGGAUGAAUAUGCUGCAGCUCAAGUAGUAACAAAGAAGGAAAUCGAUCGAGUUACUAAUUUCAUGCAAACAUGCGAGCAAACAGUCGAUUCAAAUAUAAGGCAGAUUUACCAGAAAGAGUUUUCGAAAGUAUCACAACAAUACGAUGAGCGUCGUGCUCAAAUGGAAAGUCAGGCCCAUAGAGUUGUCGAAUUUGCCUCAAAUCAAAUCGUUUUAUACCAAAAACAGCUGCAGAACUUAAAAGCUAUGCUUGAAAAACAAACUACAAUGAUUAAUAACUCAGCAGCAGAGUUCCAAAAGAUAUCAGAAUCAACAUUAGCAAAGUUAGAAGAGAAACAUAAAAAACAAUUAACUCAACAUGUCAAUGUCGCUAACAAGAAGUACAACGAGAUUGUCAUGAAGACAGCCAAAGAUGAAGAAGCCAUCAGACAGAAAUAUGAAGAAGAAUUAGCUAAAUUACGAGAUCAAAUCGCUUCAGAACAACAGAAAACAGCGGCAGACUUAUUACAAAAGCAAAAGAAACUAGAAGCGAGAGUUAAAAAACUCGAGGCGGAAAGAGAUGAAAUAGUUGUUGAAGUUGAUGAGUUGAAAUUAAGUUUAAUUCAAAUGCAGCAAGAAUCAGAGAAACUAGCAGAGAAAAUGGACGAACAAAAGAACAUUAUUAUGAAUAAAUAUGCUGAAGAAGAGAAAAAACUUGAUGAAGAAGAGAAUCAAAUUAAAACUAAAUAUGAAGGCAUAUUAAAAGAUCUUGAAGACCAAAUAAACCACGAAAAGGAAGAGUCCGAACGUACUAUGAAGUCAAUUAAUGACCAAUUAGAGCAGGAAAGGCAAGAACAUGAAAAACAAAUGAAAAUUUUAAUGGAGUCCUCAAAUACAAACAAAGCAGAUGGAGAUUCGAGAAAGCAACAACUAGAUAAUGAGCACAAGAUGGCUAUUGAUGAAUUAAACAAGAGACAUAUGGAAUAUGUUGCUGAAUCUCAACGAAAAGAGAAAGAAUUGCAAGAAGAAAUGCAAAAUGUACAAAAGAAAUUCGAUGUUGACGUACAAUCCCUUAAAGCAGCCAUCUUUUCCGCAAAACAAAAAAUCGAAGAAGAAUUAAAAGCUUUGGAUGAGAAAAAUCAGAGAGAAUUAAGUGAAUUAAAGAAGAAGCAUGAUGAGGAAAUCAAGAGACUUGAGCAAGAACUUAAUAAUUCCAUGGCCCAGAGUUCAGAUUCAGCUGCCAAACUACAAGAAUCAAUCCAACAUGCUCAGAAGGAGCUUGAUGACUUAAUUGCUGCUCAUAAUGCCGCAAUGGAGCUUCGUAAAAACGUAAGAGAUCAAAAAUUAAAAGAAUUAGAGGAAAACCAUCGUAAGAGAAUGGAAGAAGCGAGUGAAUUAUACAAGAAAGACAUGGAUGAACUCAAAAACAAGAACCAAACAGAAAUCGACGAAAUGACGAAAAAUCAUAAAUCAGAAAUCGAAAAAUUGAAGAAAGAAGGAGAAGAAAAGAAGAACAAAGAUGCAAAUGACCUUCUAGAAAAGCUGAAAAAACAAAGGCAAAACGAUUUAGAUGAUCUUAAAAAGACCUGGGAUGAAAAAUUGGCCGAAAUUCGACAAAAAAUUGCAGAAAAAGAGAGACAAAAGCAAAAUGCCGAAGAAUUCAGGAAAGAAGAGAUUGCUAAACGCCAAAAGAGGAUCGAUGAACUCAAGAAAAUGGACAAUUCGCGGUGGAAAUCCGAAAAAGCUGCGAUGAUUGCGAAAUUUACUUCACAAUAUAACGAAUUAUGUGCUGCCCAUAAAGCAGAAGAGGAACAGGCCGAGAAACUCCGUAAAGCAGCUCAAGAACAGUUCGACCAAGAGAUGGAACGCCUCAAAAACGAAUUGGAAACUGUUAAAAACGAACAUCAAAAAACGGUUAGUGAACUGACCACAAAUUACAACGAACUUGAAGCAAAUAACAGCAAAAUCAUUAAGGAGAAAGAAGACAUUAUUAAAGAGAAAGAGCAGAACAAGACAGCAGAGAUACAAAGGCUCCAAGACGAGAUAGCAAAACUCAAAGAAGAAAUUGAUUUGAAACAAAAAGAAAUCGAAAGCAAAAGUGGCGAAGAAGACAAAAGAAGGAACAAAGAAUUGGAAGAUCUCAAAGAUAGUCAUGCCAAAGAGAUCGAAAGGAUAAAGAAAGCAAACGAUGUCCUUCAGAACCAAAGAAAAGAAGAAUUAGAUAAAAUCAAAGCAGAAAUUGAAAAACAAAGACAAAAAGGAGAAAACGAUGUCAAAGACCAUGAAAAGAAAGCAAAUGAAGAACUUAAUGGUAUCAAGAAGAAACAUGAAGAAGAAUUAGAUCAACUGAGAAAACAAUUAGAAGACAUUAAACAACAAAUUUCAGCACAAAAGAAGAAACAACAGGAUCAACUUGAAGAACAAGAAAAAGAAUACAAUAAGAGAAUGGAAGAACUUAAGAAGAAAUGGGAUUUGCAAAUAGAGAAACAGAAACAAGAUAUACAAAAAAUGGAACAAGAAAAGAAAGAAAACAUCGCAAAUCUAGAAGUAGAAGCAAAAGAUUGGGAAGAAAAGUUCGAAAAUAGAGGUGCAAGACCUGAAGAUUUAGAGAAAAUUGCUGAAUUGGAAAGACUUAUUGAUGAGAGAACUAAAGCUUUGAAUGAAGUACAGAGCCAGUUAAAAUAUUGCCAGGCUGAAUUACUCAACAGAGAAACAACAUUUAACAAAGUUUUCAAUUCAAAACCUCAGGGACAAGUUUUGUCUGCUUUGCAAAAGAAAGUUAAGAGAGAUAAGUUGAUGUCCGCUUUGGAUCAAAACUCAAAAUUACCUGCGUUAGAGGCCAAAACUCCAACUCCAAGAAAAUAA